UAUCUAUAAAAAUAGAUGGAUUUCCCAUCAUAGCCGGUAUAGAUUUAAAUUAUUGAUUUCAACUUUUUCAACAGAUUUUUUCAUUUAAGUUUUUCUUUAAAAUAUGAAUUUCUGUAAUUCCGUUGCAGUGUUUUAAAAAGCCUAAAAAGCAAUUUAAAUUAAAAUUUUAAAUUUUCUAGUUUGCAAUUCCGUAAAAUAACCGAUUUAAGGGGUUUAAGUAUCAGAUCACUGCCAGUACAAGAGAGGCGGAAACUAUGACUCGCAAUCAGUUGAAUUUUUUCUCGGAACAGAGGAAAAAAUGCUGAUUUUGCGUUCGUUGUCGAGGUAAAGAAAAUCGGCGUGCUGGAAAAACAGCAGCGACGUGUUCAGACGUGUUCAAGAAUGUUCCUCUCGGCCGGUGAUUGGGAGGACAGUCACGCAAAGUAAAUUAUCCUUCCUUCUCUUAUUAAAUUGUUGCAAGAAAGGGGUAAGAAUCAAUUCGACGACGAAUAAUAUUUGGGUGAUUGUUGAACGAUGAACGAUGCGGAAUUUUACAGCGACCAAGACUAAUAAGCCUAAUAAGGACCAUUAUUGCUGAUUGCUGCCACUGGCGCUACUGCUGCCGUAUUCUGCUGGUCGUACUGUGCUGCCAUCAGAUGGAGAGGGGAAGGUAGGUGAAGCUCAAGUUGAAAACAGAGAAUUCGCAGGAAUCGCAGGAUUCGCAGCACUUUUUCGUCAAAAUUCUUGACUUGAUCAAAAUCUCGGAUCAUCGUUGAGCAACAUGUCCAAAGUAUUGGAAAAAUGGGCCAAUUUUGGUUAUCAGAGGCGUGAAAUUCGUACUGCACUUGUAUUUGGUAAACACGGAGAAAAUGUAAUUAUUGUCUUUGAAGAUGACGAGGUACGUGCCAUUGGCAAAAAUCAGAAUUGGUGUCUUGGAGCUGGCGUCCAAGGCGAAGUGAAUUCGCUCAAGCGCGUCGAGAAUUUGUGUGAUCGAAGGAUCCAAGGGUUUGAAAGUGCUGACGUUGAUGGAAAAUUCUGCAUCUUCGCCAUUACUGAAUAUGGUACCGUGUACUCUUGGGGAGAAAAUAGCUUUGGGCAGCUUGGCUUGGGAACAAAAGAACUCGCCAAAGUGCCUACCAAAAUUUCAGGCCCUCUAGAGCAGACAAGGGUUGUCCAAGUGGCCUGUGGCGGUGAUCAUACCCUAGCUUUGACGUCAGAGGGAAAGGUUUUCGCUUUUGGUCGAAACGGUGAUGGUCAGUUAGGUUUGGGAACCACAGUCGACCACUGGCUUCCACAGAUUGUUUGCGGACUGCUGGACGGGACAAUUGCGUCCUCAGUUGCGUGCCAAAAAUCAUCAUCUGCGGCGCUCCUUCAUUCUGGAGAGAUUUGCGUUUGGGGCAACAAUUCUAAUGGCAGGCUGUGCUCAUCCUCAACUUCAGACAAGGAAUGUAGUCCCUGCAAGGUGCUCGGACUGGAAGGAGUCGUGAUUUCCGAGUUUGUGUGCGGACCUGAUUUCUAUCUCGCUUUAUCUAACGACGGGAAAGUUUUCGCAUGGGGAGAAAACAAGAAGGGCCAGUUGGGAAAUGGGACUACCAGUUUUGUCGUGAAACCUACAAACACAAUUUCAACAGAGAUCGGAAGGGUUAAAGACAUUGCUGCCACUCUGUACGAGAGCCACCCGUGCGCUGCCAUCACUGAGAAGAACCAGGUUUACAUUUGGGGCUGUUGCUAUGGCCAAUUUAUCGUGGAACCAAUGCUCACAUCCUUCUCGUCAUUCGACGAAGUGUUCGCUCUUGCUUCUCCUUCUGUGACCUACCAACGUAUUCAGUUGGAAAUUUCAAAUGAUGUUGAAAUUGAUGAAAAGAAUGACUCUACCAGCAUUCUUCAGCAUUUGCGAUUAGCAUUUAACAAUCCCGCAACUGCUGACUUUGCAUUCAUUGUCGAGGGGAAGACAAUCCACGUGCACAAGAAUCUUUUGACAAUCGGCAGCGGCGUGUUUCAGAAUUUGUUCCUUGGCGGCGAUUGGCAGGACAGUUCCAAAAAGGAGAUGAUUGUCGAGGAUCACAGUUACAGCGCUUUCUACACGUUCCUCAAUCACUUCUACACGGAUGAAGUGUUUUUCCUGCCUGAACUUGCUCUUGAUGUUUACGCAUUGGCCUACUUCUAUCAGGUGACCUUUCUCAUGGAGAAGUGCGAAGCGGCGGGCGAGUUCAAAUGGCACGACAACUCUUCUCUGCCCCGCGACAGCGCGCUGUGGAACGAGGACAACAAGGAGCCGAACAGCUUUGGCAAAGGCCACGAGGUGAAGCUCAAGUUGAAAACAGGGGAAUUCGCAGCAGCAGCACCUUUUCGUCAAAAUUCAUGUUAUGAUCAAAAUCUCGGAUCAUCUUUGAGCAACAUGUCCAAAGUAUUGGAAAAAUGGGCCAAUUUUGGCUACGAGAGGCGUGAAAUUCGUACUGCACUUGUAUUUGGUAAAAACGGAGAAAAUGUAAUUAUUGUCUUUGAAGACGAUGAGGUGCUUGCCAUUGGCAAAAAUCAAAAUUCGUGUCUUGGAGCUGGCGUCCAAGGUGAAGUGAAAGAGCUCAAGCGCGUUGAGAAUUUGUGUGACCGAAGGAUCCAAGGGUUUGAAUGUGCUACUGAUGACGGCAAAUUCAGCAUCUUUGCUAUUUCUGGUUGUGGUUCCGUAUUCUCUUGGGGUGAAAACAAACGUGGACAGCUUGGAUUGGUGACCACGGCAUACACCAAAGUGCCCACCAAAAUUUCAGGUUCUCUAGAGCAGAAAAUGAUUGUCCAAGUGGCCUGUGGCGGUUUACAUACACUAGCUUUGACUUCAGAGGGAGAGGUAUACUCUUUCGGUCGAAAAAUUGAAGGCCAAUUAGGUUUGGGAACCUCAGGAGACUACGAGCAACCGUUUCCACAAAAGGUUGGUGGACUGCUGGACGGGACAAUCGUAACCUCAGUUGCAUGUCAAGCUAUCUCUUCUUUUGCGCUUCUACAAUCUGGAGAGAUUUGCGCUUGGGGUUCCAACAUAAAUGGCAAAUUGGGCACAUCUUCAACUUCAGUGACGAAACAUAGUCCCAGCAAGGUGGCCGGCUUGGAAGGAGUCGUCAUUUCCCAAAUCGUUUGUGGAGCCGUUUUCACUCUCGCUUUGUCUGACGACGGCAAAAUUUACUCGUGGGGAGAAAACUACGAAGGCCAGUUGGGAAACGGGACCACCGAGCGUGUCAACACACCAACCAUUAUUUCUACAUCAGAGAUGGGAAGGGUUAAAGAAAUUUCUGCCACUCAUUACGAGAGCCAUCCGUGCGCUGCUAUCACUGAAAAGAACCAGGUAUACAUCUGGGGCAAUUGCAAUGGUCGACCUGUUAGGAAACCUAAGCUUACUUCCUUCUCGUCGUUUGACGAAGUUUACGCUGUUGCCUUCCCUCCAGUGACCCAUCAACGUUUUCAAUUGAAAAUUAGGAAUGACGCCGAGAUCAAGAGGAAAGGCCCUAUCAUUGAGCGUUUUCACAAAGCGUUCAACAAUCCUGAAACUGCUGAUGUUGCAUUCAUUGUCGAGGGGAAAAAAAUUCACGUGCACAAGAUGAUGUUGACAUUCGGCAGCGACGUGUUCAAAAAUUUGUUCCUUGGCGAUUGGAAGGACAGUUCCAAAAAGGAGCAAAUCAUCAAGGAUCACAGCUACGACGCUUUCUACUCGUUCCUCAAAUACUUCUACACUGACGAAGAUGAUUUCAUGCCGCAACUUGCUCUUGAUGUUUACGCCUUAGCCCACUUCUAUCGGGUGAUUGAUCUGAUGGAGAAGUGUGAAAAGAUUAUCAAAUCAAAUCUGACAGUGCAAAACGCUGCUGCUGUUUACGAGAAGGCAAUUUUGCUUGGAGACAAGAACCUGUGUGAUUUCUGCUUUAAAUUUUGCAAGGAUCGUUUGGUUGAUGUCGUGAACCAAUUUGAGACUGAAGACUGCAAGAGAGAAGUCGUCUUGGAAGUUUUCCGUCGGGUGGCUAACCAAAAGAAAAAAUUUGUGUCAAAAGUGAGUCAAUCAUAGAUUGCCCUAUGCUUGUAUUCAAAAUAUGCUGCUGAGAGUUUUCGCAUAUUUAAUUUCAAGUUCAAUAAAAUUUUGAUCCAAUGCUAAAAAUGUUUCUCCUAUUUAAAAUUUGUCACUGAUAAAACUCAAACUAAAUUCAGCAAAAGUUAGACAAAUAUUCCGCUUUUUUAUGGCUAAUUAUUAGCUUUGUAAAAAGUUUAAAAUUUGUAUGCUUUUUUUAUUACCUAACAAUACUUAAAGGCUUUGUAAUUGCGUUUGUACUUUUUGACUUGCUCAAUUAUCACAAAGCUAUUAACUCAGGAAACACCGUAUUCUCAUUGAAAGAAAUAAUAAAAUUUAUCGCUUUUUACAAUUUAAUUUUUGCUCCGGCGGUAGAAAUUGGUGAUUGUAAUUUGAACAAAAAUUAAUAAAAAAAAUAGUUAUUUGGUAGCAUUGCCAAGG